AUUGCUUAGGUGUGAUAACUAGUCAAGAACACAAAAAAAUUAGCACAAAGCAGAUUGUUAGAAGUCUAGCCUACUUUGUUGAGGAUAAUUAGUAUUCACGAAAAUGUAUUUUCGUGUUUUUCUUGUUAAUAGUCACAGUAAUUCAAUGUAUGUGUGUGUGUGUGUGUGAGGGAAAUAUAUCAAUUAAAAGUCUUUUAAAAACAAAAGUUCCAACCAAGGACUGGGUUUGCAAGUUAGCUUGUGGCUAGAAAACCUACGCACAAAACAAUGCCUGUUUAGUUUUUGACAUCAGGGUUUCCCACCCACUUUACUACUUUGUCACUGUGGAACAUGGUGGAGGUCACAGAAGAAUCAGUUCAAACAUACAGCCAGAACUACAGUGGAAUGGUUUAAAACAACGCAUGUGUGUGUGAUUAAGUGUCCCAGUCAAAGUCUAAACCAAAAAUACAUUGAGAAUUAGUGGUAAAACCUGAAAACUGAUGGUCACGGACUUUAUCUAUGGAGCCUGGCUGAGCUUGUCGUCUUCCAAACAGGAAAACAGUUUGGAAGACAACAAACGUGCAAAGCCGAAAAAUGUUGUAACCAUUUCCUUUUUCAUCCACCUCAUGAAUGUGUCUAAAAAAACAACAACAGCAAAACGAAAUUACAACUAAACUGCUAAUAAAGUUUCUAAGAAGGCACAUGCAAAAUAUCGUCAAUAUUCUUAUUGCCAGCAUUUAUUUUAUCAGUAUUAUAUUUGCCGUAGUGUAUUUUUUAUUUUUACUUGAUCUAAAAACAGCGCUGUUUUAUUGUUAAUGCAAAAGCAGACAGGUUGCACUGAACGUGGUCUUGGCACAUCACAGUUUUAAGUUUGGGGAAUCCCUGAUCUUGCACCUGCAGUGUGAACUUUUAUCCACAAGAUGUCAGUAUUCACAAAAGUACAACUCGGAAGACAACAUAAACCAGUGUUGUUUUAAAUGACCCGACUCUCUGCCCUCCUUUUUGUCUAUCAGAAUUUUGUUUUUAUUUAUUUUCUGAUAAAUAAAUAGCCAAGAAAUAAAAUAAGUAUUGGGAAAAAUACGGUAUUUCAGACCCAAUUUAGAUUUAUUUAUUUAAUGAUAAGAGAUUAAUAAUGUCCCGCUGCUCUCUAAAAAUUCAGUUUGGCAGCACACACCACUAUGAGUCAGGAGCAAAUCUAAAUUAAAAUGGGUAGAACAACAAUCUUUACAUACUGGUGUUUUGUUUUAAAAAAAGCUUCUCCCGUGGACGGUAGGAGGGGGAGACACGGAAUAGCUUUUAUGCAAAUCAGCCUGUUCAGCAUGUUUCCAUUGGAGAGCAGCGUGGAGGUGUAGUCUGGAAGGCGUGACUUCGUGUCAGUUCAGCUUUAUGAAGAAAGUGCGCUUCUCCUGAGCUCACAGAGGUGCGUCCAGCAUUCAGGAGUCCUCACAACUCUCAGAUUGGGGGUUCCUCCACCCGGGCAGGUGUGGAAGAUACAGGUUUUUUUUUUUUCUCCAUUUUUUUUUUUUUUUUUUUUUAAUACUUGAUUUUAAAGUUUGGAGGUACUUUCCCUUUUUCAUUUUUGCAAGUGAGGCCCUUUUUUCCCUCCUCUCACUGCAUGAAAUAUAUGUGGCCGCUUGGAGCUGCGUGACGAGGCCACCUUGUUCUAUAUCACAUCCUAACUUGGAGUGGUGGUGGUAGGGUGGGGGGUCUGCAGAAUACUCCCCAUGGAUUUCACCAACGACUUUGAGUUCAUGAAGUUCGGCGUCAAGAAGGAGACCAUGCAGAGCCUGGACCGCUCCUUCAUCGGGCCGUGCGGCCAGCUGCAGAGACCGGACUCCGUCUCCUCCACCCCGGGCAGCACGCCUUGCAACUCGGUCCCCUCGUCGCCAAACGUCAACCCGAACGAACAGAGAACCAACCCCGGGAGCGACCAGUUCUGGAUACCCAACAACAACGGCGGGUACCCUCAUCAGAUGUACCCCCAAGCCUUCGGCCUGACGCCCGAGGAUGCGAUGGAGGCCCUAAUAGGGGCCACGACGCAGCAGGGACACCCGUCUGCGCCCCACGGCCACCACCCUCAGUCCUACCAGCCGGACUACGACGGCUACGGCCACCUGAGCGACCCCGUCCAGCACUACCCGGGCCUCCCGGGUCACCCCGACAUGCAGGGCAUCCCGGGCAGCCACUGCCAAGACCCCUAUCUGAAAGACGAAAUGGGGAGCGAGUCCCCGGAGUCGCCGGAGGCUCAGCAGGUCCUCGGGGCUCACCACCAGCUCCAGCAGCCGCAGCACGGCCGCCACGACCGGCGGUCCAACGCGGAGAUGCACUUCUCGGACGAGCAGCUGGUCUCCAUGUCCGUCAGGGAGCUCAACCGGCUGCUGCGGGGCCUGAGCAAGGAGGAGGUGAUGCGGCUGAAGCAGAAACGCCGGACCCUGAAGAACAGGGGCUACGCGCAGUCGUGCCGCUUCAAGCGCGUGCAGCAGAAGCACAUCCUGGAGCACGAGAAGACGAGCCUGGUGACGCAGGUGGAGCAGCUGAAGCACGAACUGAGCAGGCUGGUCCGGGAGAGGGACGCGUACAAACUUAAAUGCGAGAAACUGUCCGGUGCGAACUGCUACCACGAAACCGGCUCCACCAGCGACAACCCUUCCUCACCAGAGUAUUUAAUGUGAGUUAGUCAUUUAAAAAACAACAACGACGAAAUUCAUCCCCAUCAUUGAAAUGCAAUGACUGAAAUAAUAGCUUAAAAAACAAAACAAAAACAAACAAAAAACUAAUGAGAAUGAGUGGGAAAGGGGGGGGAUUGCAGUGAUGCAUGCAUGCUGGUCAUGUAUGAGAUGUUUUUAUUUUAUACUGCCAUAGCUUAUCUGUAUUUUGUCUGAAAGGAAAUACUUGAAAUCAGAUUUGCUUUUAUUAGCAUCCAUGUAAUCAUUUAGUUAAUGGUUAAUUUUUAUUGAGGUGAUUUUUUUUCUCUCUGCUUUUCUUUUUAUUGCUCAAAUCAUGGUUUGUGUUUAUGCUUUUUUUUUUGGGGGGGGGGGRGUUGAGAGGUUUAAGGGGGGAGAGAAUGGUUUACUUAAACAAGUCAUACUCUUUGUGAAUUGGAUUCUGCUGGACAGUAUCAGCCUUUCUUCCAAAAAAGUAUCUAAUUAUACAAAUAUAUGUGUAGUUUUUUUUCCAUCUAAUAUCUGUUUUUUUGUUUGUUUGUUUUUUUUUGCAUUUAUUUGGAUCAAUAAACCUAAUCUGACAGUUUAA